UAUGCCGUUCGUGAGAGUUCGACCUGCGCGUGAUAAAGCAUCCAAGGAUUUUAGGAAUAUAGACAAUUCAAAUAAAGAAGAAUUGAAAAAAGAUCUUAAAUGUUCACCUUCAGGAAAUGAAAGCAUCAUUAACAAAUUAAACUGUCAAGAAAAAGAUAUUUUAAAAUCGAAUACUAACUCGGUUAGUGUUGAGUCAUUAUGGAGAGAGUUCCGAGAAAACACAACUAUGCACGGUCUGAAACAUGCAAGGAGAGAAAACAAAUAUCAGCUAAGAUGGGUGAUAUGGAUAAUUGCCUUGUUCGGAAUGGGAUCACUACUGGUCUAUACGGUCUACACACUGUUCGCUUACUACAGAACAAAUCCAACAUUGACCAAUAUUAAUGUUAAAUUUGUCAGAGAAAUGUUCUAUCCAGCAGUCACUAUCUGCAAUAUGUCUCCGUACAAACGAUCUGCCGUCAAUGCAAGUGCGGUAAUGAUGUCGCAUUUACUACACAGCAGUCGUCUAGGAGUUGUUUUGCCACCUCUCGACUACACCAAUCCUGCUUACGCAGCAUUGAACGCUUCCUUGUCGGAAGAUUGGUUAGACAAUGUAUCUUUUGAACUAGAUGAUAUGUUUGUGUAUUGUGUUAAUGAAAGACACGUCAUUGCCUGUCAAAGCAUCCUUAACGCAAAAGUAACCCAAUGGGGCAAGUGUUUUACCUAUAAUGCUAAUGAAAAGUUACAAAAGGAAGGUAGAGUGAAGGGCAGCAUGACUGGAUCAGCGACGGCCUUAACCUUCUACAUCGAUGUUAAACAGGACGAGUAUGUCUUCAAUACCAAUAUGGCUGCUGGGGUCAAGAUAGUCUUACAUGACCCUGAAGAAGAACCAGACGUCAACAACAAAGGUUUCAUCUCAUCCCCAGGAAUGUCAACCUAUGUCUCCAUGAAAAUGACGAAGUAUAAAUAUUUGCCUGCACCGUAUAAAGCUGGAGGCGACCAGUUCUGCAUCGAUACAAAAUCGCCUGGUUUUGAGAACACACUGAAAUAUCACCAAUUCUAUAGUAGAACAGGAUGUCAGUUAGAGUGCAGAAGAGAUUUCAUAGUUGAUAAUUGUGGUUGUAGAGCAGUAACAGAUCCAGGAAAUGAAACUCUGUGUACACCAAUCCAGGCUGCCACAUGUUACUACCAGAAUGAAGUUGCAUUUGAUUCGAACGCAGAGUUAAAGGAACAAUGUAAAUGUCAGAUUUCAUGCGAGUUCACAACCUUUGACCAGUCGAUAUCGACUUCAACAUCCCCUGCUGAUGUGUACUUUCCAACACUCAAUUCUAUGGGAUAUACAGAUAUAAAGAAUAACAUUUUGGAAGUUAGGCUGUAUUAUGAUUCGUUAAGUUAUUUGCUCGUUGAAUCUAUCCCAGAAUACAACACAGAAGACAUUGUAGGUAUUCUUGGAGGACAGAUGGGAAUAUUUUUAGGAGCCAGUCUGCUGACAUUAUCAGAACUCAUUGAAUUUGUUAUUUUGUCUGUAGCUAUGGUUAUGAAAAAGUGUUACCGUUGUGCAUUUAGAAAAAAGAAUGAACAAAACGACCAGGAUUUGUCACAAUAUUACUAGAUUAAGUGUAUAAAAUGUCUGAAAUCAUAGAAAAAAUAUGAUGGUGAAAAAGCUUUGCUUAAACUCAUAAGUUACAUUAAAUCUCCUUUGAUGCAUUGACAGAGACUGUGUUUCUAUACAUCAGAAUAAUUUCAUGGUGUUCCGUUUAGUUGUGAAAAAAACACGAAUGUUAAAGAGCAAAUCACUUUACCAGCUCCAGUUCCAUUUGACUGCAUUUAUCGAGUACCUCUUCAUAUUUUUAGCACUAUACCACACCCGCGACAUCGCGGGUCCGUGACUGAAUUGAGUUAUCUAAUCAUGUAUAAGCCUUAUUUUUAAUCUGGAUUGUUAGUAUUGGUAUUGUCAUAUGAUAAAGUCAUGUUGAUUAUAAGAGGCACGGUUUUCUCCGCUUUCAUGCAAAAUCUUUCUGUUUGAACCCGUAGACCUGAAACUUAUUAAUUAUUUAUAGUAUUUAUGAUUUGAAAAAAAGGGCCUGGAGGGGUGUAAUUUGUAAUCAACAUCAUUGUCCUAUAUUAGUUAUAUAUAAAGUUGAAUUCUUUAAUCCGCCGUUUUUACGUCAUUCAGGCUAACAAAUUGGAAACUGUACCUACGCCUUUAUUUCAAGUCUGGAUUUUUAGUAUUUGUAUUGUUUAUAAAGCAAAACUGAUUACAAAACUACAAACGGAAACAAUGUGACAAUGAUUGAAUUGAGUAGUGUCAACCCUGUAUAAUAACGAAGUUUAGGUGUGUUUAUGACCCGUGUAUAUAGCAAAUGGU